AAAAAGAGGGGUGGUUGAUUUGGAAGAAGAAGAAGAAGAAGAAGAAGAAGAGGAGGAGGAGGAGGAGGGGGAGCUUGACCAAAUCCCAUGGUUUCUUUGUCUUGCUUAGUCGAUGGAUGGGAUCACGGUUGUCGUCGCCGAGGAGCUUCAGUAUUGGCUCACGGUGGACGAUGGAGUCUGAAUGGAGAACUUCAACAGUUGCUCACGGUUGACGGUGGACACUGAAAGGAGAUCUUCAACAGUGGCAUGUUGACGGCGAGUUUGAACCUGGGAGAUCGUUGAUGGUGAGCUUGAACUUGGGAGAUCGUUGACGGCGAGCUUACUGUGAGAUCACUGACGGUGAACUUCGGUGUUCUUGUUUUCCUUUCCUUCUUCCCUUCGAUUGUUUGAACACUCAAACGCAAAGGGUGAAAUGGUCAAUAAGUAUAAAAAGGGUAAUUUUGCCAUUUUGAAAAAAACACACUCAGAGACAUUUGAAAGUCAGGAAAUGAUAAGUGAUAGGAAUUUUUCCUAUACAAAAAGACUACUUAGCAAUACUGGCCUGAGAUUGUCCGUCAAUGCUGUGAGUUUGGUAGAACUUCCAUGCCUGUCUGUUUCAUCUUUUUAGCAACUUUCUUUUGAUCUCUAGGCUCUGUUUCUUUCUAAGGGCGAUUGACUUCCUCCAUCUCCUCGUCCAGAUCUUCUAAACCCAAAAAAGAAAUUGAAGAGGAUGGUGGUCUCUGGCGAUGGCGGAGAUUCAUCUGGAGUACUGAUAAAAUCGGAUUAUGAUCGGAUGAAAGAAUUAAUGGAAUUCGAUGACUCUAAAGCUGGCGUAAAAGGACUAGUAGACUCUGGCCUGGUGAAGGUUCCUCGUAUAUUCAUCCACCCACCUGAAGAGUAUGAUGGUAGGUCAGUUUCCAAUCAGACCCACUUCACAAUUCCGGUCAUAGACCUAGAUGGCAUCGGCGAAGAUGCUAUUCGACGCAGGGAGAUUGUCGAGGAAGUUCGGAAUGCAUCAGAGAUGUGGGGCUUCUUUCAGGUGGUGAAUCAUGGGAUCCCUGUAAAUGUUUUGGAUGAGAUGCUUCAAGGGGUGCGUGGAUUCUACGAACAGGAUAUUGAAGUGAAGAAAAAGUUCUAUACACGUGAUUUGAGGCGCAGACUGGUGUAUAAUAGCAAUAAUCAAUUGUAUCAAUCACCAGCAGCUAAUUGGAGGGACAGUUUCUAUUGCUUCAUGGCUCCGGAGCCUCCUCAGCCAGAAGAUUUGCCUGCUGUGUGUAGAGAUAUAAUGAUGGAAUACUCCAAACAAGUGAAAAAAUUAGGGAUUUUCUUGUUUGAAUUACUGUCUGAGGCUUUGACACUUAAGUCAGAACACCUGGUAGACAUUGGGUGUGCCGAGGGGCAUGCGUUGCUGACCCACUACUAUCCAUCAUGCCCAGAGCCGGAAUUGACGAUGGGUACCAGUAAGCAUGCAGACAAUGAUUUCCUUACUGUGCUUCUACAAGACAACAUCGGUGGCCUCCAAGUCCUUCGUGAAAAGCAGUGGGUCGAUGUUCUACCGAUGCCUGGAGCUUUGAUUGUCAAUGUUGGAGAUCUUCUACAGCUUAUCUCAAAUGAUAGAUUUAAAAGCGUAGAACACAGAGUACUCGCAAACCGCAUCGGCCCCAGAGUAUCGGUGGCGUGCUUUUUCACCACACCUGUAAAUCAGGCAUCAGGGAAGUUGUAUGGGCCGAUCAAGGAGCUGUUGUCAGAAGAAAAUCCACCCAUCUACAGGGAAACCACGGUCCAAGAGUAUACUAAACACUUCGUUGCAAAAGGACUUGAUGGGAACUCUGCAUUGACGCGUUUCAAGUUGUGAGUUCGGCAGUCAUGUAAAUAUGCUCCUUUUAUCUUUAUGGUUGGACGUUGGCCUAGUAUUUGCUCAAUUCACGGUCAGACCUAAAGCUGCAAACUUUCGGUGAAAAUGUUAUAUUCAUGUGCAAAUGCAUCAGUUGCGAGUCUUCGGUUUACAGGAAGAUGUUAGACUUCAUGGGGGAAUUUAAAACAAAAGCUAGAUGAUGCCAAUAUUGCCCAUUUAGGAGGGCUAAAGCGCAGAAGGUUCUUGCUUUCGAGACGGGCUUCACAUGGACCGCUAUAGUUGGUGAAAAAUCUAGAGAGCCCAGAUUUGCUGUUGGUAAGGGCUGUCUGCUUUACAGUUUAUUUGAAUAGCUUAUCUAGAGCACUUCAAAGC